ACUUAGGACUUCUCCAUCCUGAGUCUAGAGACUUCUCUGUUGGAUUUAUUCUAAACAUCCACCUGCUAAAUUUCAUCGGGUUUUUGUAGUGCAAUUUUCUUUGUACGAACUGCGGCUGUUAUCAUUCUGUCUCUUCUGAUGUACGACAGGAAGCCAGAGAGAGUGGAUUUGAAUACAGACAGCCCACUCCUGGGCCGCUUCUAGCAAGGGAAACCCCCCACGCGUUGCGCGCCUGGAUCGCCAGUAAAAAUUCGCGUCGCGGAGUGCGUGUGCAUGUGCGUCAGGCUCUAAAUGUGUGUGUUUGUGCGCGGCAAAGCCCCGGGCUCCGUCCUCAACAGUUGCUACCGGAGCGACGGAGAGGAGAGGAGAGCGAGAGAGAUAAGAGACUGAGGACAGACGGACGCGGAGCCCCACGUCGCUCUGCCUGGCUCUGCUCCUGACAUGCAGUCGUUCAUCUCUCCUGUGACCAAGGCCAUCCUAGUAGCGCUCUUCAUCUUCGCCAUACUCCUCAUCCUCUAUGUGAUCCUUUGGUACAUUUGCAGAGACGUGGACUGCGACCACGGCAUUUGAGGAUUCCAAACGGGAAUAACAGGAAUUUCACAAUGGGGCGCACAGCGGAGCCCGUAGAGCCCAGGGUCAUCCCGUACGGCAAGGAGGGAAGUGAGGUUGGACGACUUCAUAUUGGAACGUUUCCCAUAGACGGAACUGCACCUUUCACCCGGAGCUGCUCCUCCUCCUCUGCACUGCUCACUCCGUGACAGAACGGCAGAGAUGUUGUCAGCUAUCCGGUCUUAUCUUCUACCAAUUAUCAAACUUUACCUGCUUGGUUUGAAGGUUCUGUUAGUUCAGCUGUUCAGCAGAUCUUUCAGGUUGCCAGUGAUGCCCCGACAAGAUGGCAAGGUUGCCAUAGUGACAGGAGGAGGGAGGGGAAUCGGCUAUGAGGAAGUCCGCCACAUGGCCAGACUGGGGGCACAUGUUAUCAUAGGUGGAAGGGAUGAGCAAGAGGGUCUGGCGGCCGUCAGAAGUAUCUGUGAAGAGUACAAAGAGGCCAAAGUCGAGUUCAGCAAACUGGACCUAGCCUCUUUGGAGUCUGUCCGUCAAUUUGUCAAGAGCUUCAAGGAAAGGGGCCUGCCGCUAAACAUUCUGGUCAAUAAUGCGGGUGUCAUGCUGAUUCCUGAGGGUCGUACUGAGGACGGAUUUGAGCAGCACUUUGGUGUGAACUACCUAGGCCACUUCCUGUUGACCUGGCUGUUCCUGGACACACUGAAGGUUUCUGGGAAAUGUGGUAACUUUUCGCGUGUGGUCAACGUCUCCUCCUCUGCCCACCGCAUCGGCGAAAUCAGACUAAAUGAUUUGAAUAGCUGCCAGUGUUAUUCAGCCCAUGCUGCUUAUUGUCACAGUAAGCUGGCCCAGCUGAUAUUCAGUUCCCACCUCGACCAGGAUUUGCAGCAUGGAGGUUUCCCACUGAGUUCAUGUGCUGUGGAUCCGGGCAUGGUGGAUACUGCUCUCUAUCGCCACCUCUGGACACCCCUCUGUCUGGCACAGAGAGCCAUCGCCCGCCUGCUUUUCAGGACUCCUGCAGAGGGUGCUGCCACUGUGCUGUACGUGGCUCUGUCCCCGGCCUUGGAGGGGGAGUGUGGGGGAGGCUACUGGGCCAAUGGGCGCAGGGAGAUGACAACACCACCGACCUUUAACCCCGAGCUGCAGCUAAGCCUAUGGGAAACCAGCAUCCAGUUGCUGGGCCUGCAGUAGCCUGCGACGAAAGGACAACUAACUGGACUAAACCUCGAUGAAAACAUUAGACAAAGACCCUUAACUCUGGCCAACCAGCCACUCUCUCCUUCUUUUUCUCAUUAUUGUUUCUCCAUCCGUAGCUCACGUCAAGGUCUUCGUAGCAAUUUAUUUUGACAGUCUCACAAUCCACAACUGGACUGUGAUUGGUUACUAGGGGAGUAAAGCCCUUAUUUUCUGUUUCAGACCUGCCAAAGAAGGGCUACAUGGGAUGGAAAGUUUUUUUGCAAUGAGCAUGCAAUCAUAUACAAACGCACGCUAGGGAAGUAUUCCGGUACCGUGCCGAGUCUCCGGCGUGCGGCCCUGAGGAAAAAUAAAUAAAUAAAUUUGGGAACUUGCAUGCGGAUUAAUAUUUUCGAGUCAAUUGAUUUCCCCUACCAAUCAUAUGAGAGGAAUGCAUAUCUAACUAACGCAGAGUUUAAACUACUCGGGCCUAGUGCCCGAUUUCUGGGCUAUGACUAUUUUAUUUUAUUAUAAAUAAAUUAAAAAGUCCACAUGGGAUUUAUUUUUGAUGUGCUAGGUUUAAUCAUCGCACUUCCAUCUACCAAUGAAACAAGUUCUAGCCAAUCAGAAGCAAAGUAAGGCGGGUCCUUUCCGAAAAGUGCGGUGUGUGGUCUCCAUGGUAAUGCAUGUAAACAAAUGUAGAUACAGCUUUAGUCGAGAAAGGAGUUAAAAACGAAUGGCGCUGGCCAUGAAUAAGGGACAAGAGGAAAAAGCUGGAGACAGGAGGCCGUUUAGCACUUGGUGCCUAAAAUUAAUCACCGGGCUGCAGCGUAUGUUCAAGGAAGAUACUCACUGUACAGCAGCAGCAGUAAGAAAGUGCUUUUUAGCCAUUAGAUGCUAGUCACAAAGCUUCGUUCCGUGCACUCUGUCAUACGAGUACAUUACCCGUAUCAACGGCUACCACUGCGACUACGCCUUUGCUGACCGAUA